AUUCCAUAUCACAAACCUGUAUAUUUCACCAUAAGCUGAAGGAGGAAAUACUUUCAAAGGUUACCUUACAUAUAUCAGGUACAUCACUAGAGUUGUGGUAUUUAAUUUAUCCACGAUAUAUACAAUUUUGUUAUCGCUGAUGAAAAGGCAAACAUUUGUUAACCCGAACCUGUACACUAAGAUAUCCAAUAAGAUAGAGUUAACUUGAAACGAUGUCAUUCAAAUACAUUGUCCUAUUCCUUUCGGGAGUUGCCCUGGUCUCCGCAUACCAAACCUUUACCAUUAUUACACGUCUUGGAAAUGUGAAUGGCUUACAAAUUCCUACAGCAAAGGGUGAUAUCUUCAGAUUCACAGGAAUUCCUUUUGGAAAAGCACCAGUUGGUAGCCAACGUUUCCUCAAACCACAGCCCUUCGGUUCUUGGAACAAAACCCUCGAUGCGACAAAAAUCGGACCUGCUUGUAUGCAAUCAUACACCCGUGCCAGUGCAUUUUAUAACUAUUUUUCAGAAGACUGUCUCCAGUUGAAUAUAUAUGUUCCUUAUAAUAUUACUCAAGAUCUGAGGAGAAGCGUUAUGGUUUUUAUUCAUGGCGGGGCAUACAUGGCCGGAUCAGGAUUUACAUACGAUGGUUCUAGGAUAGCCUCUCAGGGAAAUGUAAUUGUUGUGACAAUAAAUUACCGCCUGGGUAUGUUUGGUUUUCCAUCUUUGCAGAACUUUGCAGGCGUUGCUGAAAAUGCCGGAAUAUGGGAUCAGAUUUUAGCAUUGAAGUGGGUCAAAGACAACAUAGAUGAUUAUGGCGGAGACCCAUCUGAUGUAACAAUAUUUGGGCAAUCAGCUGGUGGAUUUUCCGUCAAUUUUCUAAUGCUUAUACCUCGUUGCAAUGGUCUUUUUCAUCGUGCAAUCAUUGAAAGUGGCGGAGCAAAUUCUUUAAUUGCUAUGAAAAAAUCAUCAAACGUUGGACACGAAAUAGGAAAAUUAUCUGGUUGUAAUGACCAAGACAAAUCGAUGUUCUUGCGAUGUUUGCGAAAUCUUGACGCUGGUAUUAUUGUUAACAUAACUGAUGAAUAUUCUGCAAAUCUUGGCAUUGGAGCUUUUUAUGAUAUUGUAUUUACUCCAGUACUAGAUGGUGACUUACUACAACGAACACCUAUGGAAAUAAUUAACGAUAAGUCUUCAAAAGAAUUUCAGUUCUUUGAGUCAAUUGACUUGAUAGCAGGCACCUGUGAUAUGGAGGGAUCAUAUGUUUUGAUCUAUGGUAAAGCUUUCGAAAAGGAAUUUAAUUUCAAUAUAUCAGACGGAAUUCCCAAACGAUUUCUUUGUGAUGGGUUAAUAUCAGGACUGGUUCAAACUUACUAUGAAAAUAGUUCAUCAAUUUCUGAUUUACUAUGUAAAGAAUACACGAGUGCAGACAAGAUUACACAAAGUUAUAAUGUUGCACAUUAUUUGACCGAUUAUUCGUUUCUUGUACCAACUAUAAACAUGUUACAAGCUCAUGUCUCAAGCAAAUCCGCCUCAACUUAUCAAUUCAUAUUUUCGGAACAAGAACGGCUACUCCUUCCCGGUUUGCCGUCUUGGUUUCAUGGAGCGGGACAUGGGAAUGAGUUGAUGUUUCUUUUUAAUGCUAGAAACUUGUCAGUUUUACCUUCUAAUUUUACUUUCUCUCCGGAGCAAGCGGCAUUCUCAUUACAGCUAAUUGAAUACUGGACAAAUUUUGCGAAAACAGGAAAUCCAAACGGUCCCAACAAACAAAGAGAGUGGCUGCCAUAUCUUAGUGACACAGAAUCAUACAAACAACUGAGCAUAAAGAAUAUGACGAAUGGUAACCAUUACAGAAAGGAUUAUGUAAAACUAUGGAACACGAUCAACGCUUUUGAAUUCCUAAUAUCAGCGGGGGUAAAUGUGCAAUCUGGAAUGAUUCUUAAUUGGAUUGUACUUUCGUAUGCUUUAAAAUUGUUUCUGUGAAGUUCCUGUACUUGCUCAUGGAAAUAAU